GAAUCAAUAGAUUAGACCAUUGAGUGUCAGUCAAAGUGUGUCACUCACGGGAGCAGCUUAUUAUCACUCGUCCAUUGGAUGGUUAAACCAGACAAAUGUCUCAUUCAUCACAUUCGGCACUAAUUGGUGACCAAAUUGUCAGCGAAUCCGAAACCGAAUCACUGAAGCCUGCGAUGAAGUAUCACAUGAAGUAUGGAAGCACUGGAAGUGACCACAAGAGUGUCAAUAAAUAUAAAUAUAUGACUCAUACGGUACAACCGACGGACACACUCCAGGGAUUAGCUCUAAGAUAUGAAGUGACGGUGGAACAGAUAAAAAAGGCAAACAAUUUGUGGUCAAACGAUAACUUAUGGUUGAGAUCGCGGACACACAUCUCAAUACCAGUGCUUUUGAGUGAAACGACUAUAGAAUCGCCGCUUUAUUCUUCGAGUACUAACAGUUCCACAACGACUAGUCCUCAUAAGACACAACUCAAGAACGGAUCCCACAAUUCGGUGACCGCUCACAACAACUCAAGUCUUGAAAGCGUUGACAUUCCCCUCGACGACAAGGAGUCGAGUAGUUCUUCACGUGUAGAGUCACAUGAUAUGCAUUCAGCUAACGAUUCAAACAAUUCGUCUCAACGGUCAGCCCUUCGGCGCCAUCACAGCAGUGCUUCGCGACCCCAUUCGGCCAAUGCUUCCGGGAAUCAGAUCCACGACUUCCCGCAACCAUUAGUGAUGAUGACUCACAAGAGGAAAGUCAAGUCAAGUCUUAAACGUCUGGAGCGAACUCAGGACGAGAUCUUCGAAUUAUGA